AUGGCUGCUGAAACGAUUAAGGAACUGCAAGUGACAGUGGGGAUGCUGGUGCAGCAGUUGAAGCUGGUUGCUGUCGUGAACAAGGAGAAGGGAGUGCACAAGGGCGGCACUCGUGAGCAGCAGAAGCCUAAAGUCAUGGUGCAGCCGAAGAGUGAAGCUGUUAAGGAGAAGACGCAGGUGCUGCAAGUGGCAAGUGUUGCCACUGGUGCAACCAAGGUGAUCGAGAAACCCGAUGUGAAGCUCAGCAAGGAGGAAGCUGAAACUCCUUCGGAGAAUAGCGGCAAUAUUUCGGUGAAGCUGCAAAUGGUUGCAGCAGAUGAUGUGGAAGCUGAAAUUGUGCGGGAGAGUGAGAGUGCCUUCACUAAAACUGGAGUGGGGAUCGGCAAUGUUGCAGAGCCGGUCGACUAUGAGAAGGAGUUUGAGGGAGUUGAAUAG